AGGGGUAUAUCAAAUUCAGUAACUGUUCAUUCCUCGUACAGCUUUAUUUUCUUUGCCUCACUCGUAGAAAUUAGUAGGUUGUAGUACUCAGCUUUCAGUAUACUAAUAGACUGGGCUGUAUAUAUUGGAACUUGGGUUGUCGACAAUCUAGAGUAUAUCUGGAAACAGAUGAAGUGGUGACCUUGUAAAGGACAUGUAAAAUAUCAGAUGCACCAACAAAGUACUGAUGCCAGAGACCUGUGAUGGAUGAUGAAUGAAGCUGAUGAUGGGUAUUUGCACCUAGAAGAAAGGAAGAUGGCAGAUAGGGGGAUGGAGUAGGUAGAUUUUCUAUUCUGCUCUAUCUGGCCAAACUAUGUGGAAUGGGGACAAUCGAGGGCUCUGCAAUUGCCAUGAAUACAGAAGCAGGUAUGAGGGCUGGAAGUUCAGCAAUGUGUCAAGACACAAAGCUAGGAGCCGGAGCCCUUGUAAUAAUUCAACACAUGGCAAACAGACUGUGAAAUGUAAAAAGUGGGAAGACAGCAACUGUGGACUUAGAGAACAGCACUUGCGUUUAAAGAGAGCAUUUCAAGAACUUAAAAGAGACCAUGAAAACCAAAGAGAAAUAUGGGAAGAGGAGAAAAAGGCACUUGUGAAAGAAAUCGCUGAGAUAAACGCAGGUGAAAACAGAGGGAUCUUGCUGGAGCUGAAGGCGGUUUUGGAAGUGAUUCAAAAGGAACAGAGAAAAGAAGAAAAAAAGUGGUCGGAUUUUCUGCUGCAAUUUCUAAAUGAUCAAUGUGGGCGGGAACUAGAAGGAACGGAACUUAGGCAUCGCAUCUCACAGGUAACGUCUAAUUAUUCCCAGUCAUGUACACAUAAAUCAGCUUCUGUUGUCCAUAAAGAUACUAGGAAGAAUUCAGAGGCACAGAAGCGUUUGCUAGAGGAAACACACACAGCGGCCAUGGAAUUGAGGAGACAGGUAGAGAAUAGUGAAAGAAAUUGGAAGGUGGAAAAGAUGGAAUUGAUGGAACGAUUUGACAAUGAAAGAAGAGAGUGGGAAUGCCAGUGGAAGAUAAUGCAGAAGAAGAUAGAGGAGCUUUACCAGGAGGUGAAGCUAAGAAGGGAGAAUAAUCUGAAUGAAGAAGACAAGGGGAUCCAGGGGAAAGUAGUCCCAUCAUUUUCAGUGCCGUUUUCAAAUCUUGAAUCCAUUGCACCAGGUAUAACAGCAAGACAGGUUAAGCAUUGUACCGUUAUUAACAACAGCACUGACACAAGUAACAGAACAAGCCCUAAUAUCUGCCAUAAUCUAAAAAUGGAGAAAACACCAGAGAUGGAGUCUGUCAAAUGCCUUGAUCAAAAAAUGUCCAAAACAGACAAUGACACUCUUAAUGAUGCACUUAGAGAAAUAGCCAGAGUCAGCGAAGAACUGUGUAAAUACCAAGAAGAAAUCCGCAAGAAAUCUCUUUGUAAAAGAUUAGGAUCUGUAUCAUCUAAAGGAGAUAGGAGAGAGGCAGAAAAUAAACAUCUAAAACCUGACAGCAUCACUGCAUCUAGAAGUAAACACGUUCUGAACAAAAAUAAUUUAAAGAACACCAAAAAUAUGGAAGACACUGUGUGUAAGUCCUUUAGUGAACGUUCUGACAUUGUUGACGUGUCCCUGGAAAUAGAAAACUCAUUACUUCCACCCUGGUGUUUGCCAUGGCAAUUAACAAGCUCAUUGUUUCCUGAAAUAAAUAACACAUCAUUGCCUGGUGGGAACAAGAUAUGCCAUCACCCAUUCUCUACAUCAGAAAAGAAGGAUAUGGUAUUUAACAGCGCUGAUGUUACAGGUGAUAAGAAUUUUGAUGGACUGUGUCAUUUCGAAGUUCUAUGUGAUACACUGGAAAAGAGAAAUAUGGCGGAUACUAUCUUGAACAACUUUAUGGACAACAACUUAAAUCUAGAAACGGACAGGCAAUAUGGAUCCACCUAUAUAAGUGGCUUGCAUUCUUGUUUGGGCCCUGUUUCUAACUGUGAUAACACAAUAAAGAAUGGUACACUUGCAGCGAAGAUUGAUGAAUUUAACAGGAUUGUAUUUAAAACAGAUAAAGGAAAGGCAGUUUUUAAUGAACCAUCUCUGGACUUGCCUAAAACUGGAAAUGAAGAGCAGUGUAAGCACUCUUUGUGUGACUGUCCAAGCACUGUUAACUUUAGUCCAAAACCAUAUACUGUUAUUGAGGAUAAAAAGAUGUCCUUGGAAGACAGCACCCUUCAAAAAACGUGCAUGAAUGUAAGAGCUACAAUUCAGCAAAGUCAGGCAACUGGAAUUCAUAGUACAAGCAGCUACCAGAAUAUGUUACAAGGGCAUAACUGGAAACCAAGCAAUUUGUCAGGACGACCACGUUCAGCAGACUCCAGGUCCAAUUAUAGAGUUGUUGAAAACCUUCUAAAAAGCUAUGAGAACAAAUUUGCUUCGCCAUCUUGUAAUUCUACGUAUUCAGCCAGCAAAUCGACGGAGUCACAUUUCUUACUGACAGACACAGGCACAGAGGCGCUGACUCAGUGUUUAGAAAUGCUGCAAGUAAAAAAAACAAAGGAUUUGCAGCAGGACAUCUCUAUUAAUUGGCAGCCUGGCCAAGAUGCAUUAAGUCUCAAGUUACCAGAGAUGUCUUUGUUGGGAACCUCUUCAAAUGGAAAAGGAUUUUCUCGUCCAGCAAGACCAGCAAAUCGACGCCCACCUUCUCGAUGGGCACCUUCUCAAAGAUCCCCAUCUAUGCCUUCAGCUAUUAAGAGAACAGCCAACUGAUUACCACAGACAUGCACAGAUUAUAGCUCGCAGUGUAUGAUGCAGUUCACAGUUCAAAGGAUACAUGAGACUGUCCAUUCAAAGGAAAAUAUCUUCCGUCAAAAAAUAUUGAUUCCACACAUUUGGGUAUUACAUGCACGUGUAAUUUAAACCCAACACUUUAUUGUGUUUUAGUGCUAGACAAAGGCUUAAGGAAAGACGUGGUUUGAAACAAAACAAAAAAAACAGAUCAAUGUUUAGUCUUAAAAGGCAGCUAGUGGAAUGUUGUGGAAUGUCUUUUGUUCUAAAAUACUAGCAAACACUAUUAUAUAUCUUAGAAAGCUGUACUUCUGGCAAGCAUGUAAUGCCAUACACAUACCUGGGAAGUCUAAAGAUUUGACCCAGAAUCUCAGAUAAUGCUUGUUCAAGUUUCCCAGGUCAGUUUCUUCUUUCUCCAGUGCUGGGAAGCAGUGUUUGUGGUCUUGCCCCUCCUAUUCAUCUUCUGCCUACACCCCACAUACUUCCCUUGAUCCCUGACCAUAUUCUUUACCCCUAAGUUGUCUCUGGGGCCAACCUUGUCCCAAUAUGUAGCUAUCCCUGCCCCCACGUAAAGCUGCUUCCCCAGAAGUGGGAGAGCACAGGCAGCUUGCUCUGGGUAGUUCUCAGGUAUGGCCAUGCAUUCUUUUCACAACUUCAUACCGAUCAAGUUAAUCUUCAGUGUUUUUUGACCAGCAGAAACAUAUUUCUGUAACUUUUAUAUUGUGUAGUUUAUUUAACAAUAUUUGGUUUCUUUUUAUUAAUAGAAAAGUGGACUUUGUACAGUUAUCUGUUGUUUGCAAUUGUAAAUGUUGCAUGCAUGUAACAUGAUCAUACUGCAUGUUUUACGAUACUAAGUAUAUUGUAUUUAGAAAAGAUAUUUCUGUAUAAAUUACAACACUUGCCUAUGCCUAUGAUUUACUUAGCAAUUGUUAUUUGUCAAAAAUAGAGAAAAACAAAUAUUCAUUUUGUGAAUCGCCUACAAAUAUGCUUUUUAUUGUACAGUGGUGAUCGUUUCUGUUACAACCAAAGUAGUAAUAAAAGGGCAUGUGUCUUAA